AUGAAGGAAAAGGAGACGAUCAAUACCAAUACCGAUACCGAUACCAAUUCCAAUUCUAAUUCCAGUAGUGGUGGUGGUUGGUUCAAUUGGAGUUUCAACAAUCACAGUGAUGGUGUCACUUCCCCUAUUCUUAAUAACUUUUUGAAUCGCAUAGCCUUGUACAGGCGAUGGUUCAUUCAAUCCAAUACCAAUACCAAUACCAAUACCAAUACCAAUACCAAUACCAAUACCAAUACCAAUACCAAUACCAAUACCAAUACCAAUACCAAUACCAAUACCAAUACCAAUACCAAUACCAAUACCAAUACCAAUACCAAUACCAAUACCAAUACCAAUACCAAUACCAAUACCAAUACCAAUACCAAUACCAAUACCAAUACCAAUAACCAAAAAUAA